AUGCGGGGUCCCCUGCUGGGGAGGGGCGCUGGCGGGGUCCCCUGCCUGGUACGGGGCUCGGCACUGCGGGGUCCCCCUGCUGGGGGGAGCUGCGGGGCCCGCCUGUCUCGUGACCGGAAGCGGAAGUCCGGGGCCGUCGGCGCGUAUGGCGCGGAGGGGGACGUGGAGCUGGAGCUGGAGACGAGCCGAACGGGGCGGGGGCGGCGCGGACGGGCCGGGGGGCGGCCGGCUGAGAAGCCCCGGAAACACGACAGCGGCGCCGCGGACCUGGAGCGGGUCACGGAUUAGGGAGGAGAAAGAGAUUAGAGCUCGAACCUGGAGACGGCCAUGUCGGUGAUUGGAGACCGGCGAUCCAGAGAGCAGAAAGCAAAACAAGAGAGGGAAAAAGAACUUGCAAAAGUUACAAUAAAGAAAGAAGAUUUGGAACUGAUUAUGAAUGAGAUGGAGAUCUCUCGGGCAGCUGCAGAGCGUAGUCUGCGAGAGCAUAUGGGGAAUGUGGUGGAGGCUCUGAUCACCCUCACCAACUAACCACAUUCCAACUGGACCACUUUGUGCUUUGAGAAGGGAAUGGAGGAGGAAAACCCUUGUUGGGACUUCGUCUUUGUGUGGUCACCCCUGCCAUGUGCACUGUCUUCCCAAUAACUCUUUGACAGUGAUACUAGUCAGAUGCCACAUGUAUUAACUUAUUGAAAUAAAGACAUCUGUAACCUUGUGGA